AUGGGCCUCGUCGAAGCUUUUCUGGACAAGGUCUCACUCAAGACUUCCUUCAUCGUCCUCGUCGUCGCGUACAUAGCCUACUGCUUCUUCAGCCGCGUAGACGAGCAUCGAAGAAUCAGACGUCUUGGUCACUAUGGACCUCGUAUAAGAACAUAUGCGCCCUGGGGCCUAGAUCUCGUCGCCAGAUUCGUCAUGGACACCACAAAACACCAGAACCUGGCGUGCUGGAGAGAUGCUGUCUUUGGUGCACAGAACUCGUGGACCGUCGAGGCUCGUCUCCUUGGCCUGCGCAUGGUCUUCACCGCCGACCCAGCAAACGUCAAGGCUAUUCUGGCCACGCAGUUUGGUGACUACGGCAAGGGGAAGCCAUUCCAUAACGAGUGGAAGGACUUCCUGGGUGAUAGUAUAUUUACUACCGAUGGUGCUUCAUGGCAUACCAGUCGCCAACUCAUCAGGCCUCAAUUCACUCGAGACCGUGUGAGUGACUUGCACUGUUUCGAGGCUCACAUGCAGACACUGUUCAAAGCCAUUGCCAAUAGAGGACCGCUUCAGGGAGAGGAUCAAGUUGUUAAUAUGGAGAAUCUGGAUGGCAAGGAACUUGAUAUUAGCGAUCUAUUCUUCCGCUACACUCUUGAUGUUGCUACCGAGUUCCUUCUAGGGUGGGAUGUCAAGUCUCUAACCACACCAAGACAAGAAUUCGCAGAGGCUUUCAACGAAGUCCAACGCAUCCAAAACAUCAUCGCCCGCACUGGAAAACUCCGCCAUCUCAUCCCAAAGUAUAGGUUCUGGCGCUCUCUCAACACCGUGAACCACUUCAUCAACUUCUACAUCGAGCGUGCCCUGCGUCUAAGUCCCGAGGAGCUUGCCACCAAGGCAAAAGACGACCACAGCUACACCUUUCUCCAUUCCCUCGCGGGCUUCACGCGUGACCGCAAGGUCCUACGUGACCAGAUCAUUGCUGUUCUUCUCGCGGGGAGAGAUACCACCGCUGCGACGCUGUCGUGGGCUCUGUAUGAGCUGGGGAGGUAUCCCCACGCUGUCAAGAAGCUGCGCACUGAGAUCGUCUCGACAUUGGGGACGGAGCGUACGCCUACAUAUGAGCAUCUCAAGAGCAUGAGUUAUCUCAAGGCUGUUCUCAACGAGACUCUCCGCUUGUAUCCCGCCGUGCCUUUCAACGUCCGUCUCGCUCUCAAAGAUACAACUCUCCCACGCGGUGGCGGCCCAGACGGAUCCGAGCCACUCCCCGUUCUCAAGGAUUCACCCGUGGCAUACUCCACACUCGUCAUGCAGCGACGAGCCGACCUAUAUCCUCCCGUCAGCGACACAUUCGCCGAUCCCGGCAUCUUCAGUCCAGAUAGAUGGGCGCACUGGCACCCCAAGCCGCACGACUACAUCCCCUUCAACGCCGGUCCCAGGAUCUGCAUCGGUCAACAGUUUGCGCUGACCGAGAUGAGCUAUGUUCUGUGUCGGCUGUUUCAAAAGUAUGAUCGCGUGGAGAGCCGGAUGAAGGACAUCGAUGGAGGGGAGCCUGUUCUCAAGGCGGAUAUUGUACUCUCGCCUGGCCAGGGUGUCAAGGUUGCUUUUUGGGAAGCUCAGAAGUCUGGGUGA